CCCUCAUUUGGGGUAAGCCAUAAGAAAAACUCCUUGUUCUUGUGACAACAUAUGAAACCAUUGUGAGAAGCUGAAUGAUCCCUUAUAAUUCUUGCGGUUGUCCGGAGCUACAGUUGCUCUUUAUUAAGCAUCAAGCAGCAUAACUACCCCUCCGGCGGAAGCGGCAGCGGCAGCGGCCCCUCCAAUAGCUCCAACAUUAGCCAGUAGCUUGCUUGAACUUUAUGUGCAACUGCCUGCACCAGCCUGCACCAGCCUGCACCUGCAUCUAUCUCCAUCUUCAUCUGUUCUUUCCUCUCCGAUCUUUUUUUUACACCAACCAACCUCGCGCACUAAAUUCACGAUAAUUUUCACUUCAACCUUCUUCAAUCUUCUUCGACUUAUUGCUUACCACAUCAACUUGCUUUUCUUAGGCACUUUGGGCUCCUAUUUUUGAAGAUCCCUAGUGGGUACCUUACCUCAGGAGCUGUUACAGUCUUCUGUUUACCUAGUAGGUAGCUAGUUGUCUGGGCUUUCUUUUCUUAGCCACCCUCGUGGCCACGCCUACUCCUCUCUUCUCACGACCAGCCACUUUCUUGAGAACCCUCGACGAUAUUCUUUCGUCCUCUCUGGCCCAAACUUAAACAUUUCAAACAUACACACGAAAAAUAUCAGACGAGCAACAACAGACACCACAAUGCGCAUCACCCUUAACAUAUUCAACCCCCAGGCUGGGGAGCAGGAUAGCCUGCUCACCCUCGAGAUCUUUCCCGACAUGACACUCGCGACCCUUCGCGAGUCUAUUCAGGCAGAAUCAACUGUUCCUCCAACCUCACAGCACAUCUACCACAACGGCCGCCUAAUUUCGGAUGAUACCCAGACUAUGGAGCAGCUGCAGAUUGUGGAUGGAGAGAUGUUGGCCGUACACGUCAGAGAUAUGCGAGGAAGUACUGGUGUACCCGAACAAGCUCGACGCCCCCAGCCUAGGAGACCGGCCCAAAACGAGCAAGACCCUGAGCUCAUCCGCCUUCAGAUUCUUGGCCAGCCUGCCCUGAGACAACAGCUGCAGUCACAACACCCAGAACUGGCUGCCGCAGUUGACAAUCCUGCUCGUUUUGCACAAAUCUUCCAUGACAGCCAGAAUCGAGAGCAACGCGAGCGCCAGGAACGACAACGGGAGAUCGAGAGACUGAACGAUGACCCUUUCAACGUUGAGAACCAGAGAAAGAUUGAGGAGAUGAUCCGACAGGAGCGAGUUAUGGAGAACUUGCAAAAUGCUAUGGAACACAACCCCGAAGUUUUUGGAAGAGUUCACAUGCUCUACGUCGAUGUUGAGGUCAAUGGUCAUCCAGUCAAGGCGUUUGUUGACUCCGGUGCUCAAGCCACUAUCAUGUCUCCCUCGUGUGCUGAGGCUUGUGGCAUAAUGAGACUGAUCGAUACUCGAUUUGCUGGUGUAGCUCACGGUGUCGGAACAGCAAGAAUUAUCGGCCGUGUUCAUUCUGCCCAGAUCAAAAUCGGAAACCUGUUCCUCCCCUGCAGCUUUACUGUCAUGGAGGGCCGAUCAGUUGACCUCUUGCUUGGUCUCGACAUGUUGAAACGACACCAGGCCACUAUUGAUCUUGCUAGAGACAAGCUCAUUAUCCAAGGUGAAAUGAUCCCCUUUUUGGGAGAGGCCGAGAUCCCCAAGGCGGAAGAGGAGGCGGCUGCACAGGAACCAACUUUGCCUGGUCCCGAUGGCACAGCAAUCGGACAACGUACCGGAGCCGUUGUGCCUCCUGGCCAGCACCAACAGCAGAUCCCUGCCAGACCGCAAGCCGCUCAGUCUGCACCAUCCCCUGCUGCAGCUGCAGCUCCCGCCCCCUCCGCACCCCAAGCGCCUCCUGCUGCACAGUCUGCUCCGACAACAACAAACAUCUCUCCACAAGCGAUCGAGAGCCUUAUCUCGAUGGGUGCCACUCGUGAGCAAGCUAUUCAGGCCCUCCAGGCCGCAGAGGGCGAUCCGGAUGUUGCUGCUGGGUUGAUUUUCUUUUAGUGGCGUGAACACUACCUCACACUGGAUGGUGACAUGGAAAGAUAAAAAUCAAUAACAUGGAGGAUCGUAAUGAUAGAUGAGUAUCCAUCUAUCCCGUGUUUUAGCGGGCGGAUAGAAAGAUUUCAUUGUCUACAAAUGGGGAUGGGAUGGUUAGGGCACCGGCAUGACCAUUUCGCUAUAAUGCGGCAUGAUGCUUUGGAGUAUUAAGAUACAAGGAUUAAACGUAGUUAUGAAGUACAAAUUGCUCAUCAGCUUUUGGUGCGGGUAUUGCUCAUCGCAGUAACUAAUCUAUGAAACCAUCCCCCCUCUCUCUGCUGGUUAAAUUUACCGGAUCUUAUAGACGCAAGGCUUCAAGACAGAAGCUUCGUUAAAUUCUGGCUGCUCAUCGAUGGGAUCUAUCCUGCGGAUGAUGCCCCUCUUACCCUUGGGAGCCUCCUGCUCCUUGACAUGCUUUCCCUUUGUGGGCGAUGCUCCUUUGAUGAAGUGCAUCUUGACAAACAUCUUGUUGGACAAAUCGAUCGCCUCUCUAUCUCCCUGAAGAACAAAACCGCGUGACCUGAGCACCUCGACGAACGCUGAUACGUCUGUCUCACGGCGGCGAUCAUCCAUACCGUCGACCUCUACGGCCAGAUCCUCAUCAUGCUCGGCAUCGUUAUCAGCGCCCUUUUUGCCUUUCUUGCCAGCCAUUGCGUUCUUCUUGCGGUUGCCAACACUGUGGGUAACGGGGGCGUUCUUAUUUCGGAUGGGACCAAAACGGCUCUUGAUCUCAGCAACCCAGAGCUCACCCUUCCAGUGGAGAAUACGGUAGGCCUCCUCGAUGAAAUCGACCCAGUUGGUGCCCAUAAGAGCGAGACAAAAGACAGCAACGUUGACGGAACCGUCAGCAAGAGGCAGAUUGGCGAUAUCAGCCUUGGUGACUAGGGGACUUGGGCUCUGGAGAUCGUAGCUUUUGACGUUGACUUUGAGUUUCUUGCCAUCUGACUGAAGAGCCUCCGCGAGACGAGCAUCACCACAGCCAAGAUCAGCAAUAGUACACUCCUGUUGCGUACGAGGUAGCGGUGUCUUAGCCAAAGGAGUAGGAGGGGCUCCAGGUCUGCCUUUGCCUUGUUGGCGAACCUUGCCGCGUGCGCGAAUAUCUUUGAGGAAGCUGUCGACGGGGUUCUCAGGCCAGACCUUGACCUGGCGACGAAAACCUUCAUGGUACUCGUCGAACAUCUCGGGGGACUCAUCGAAUAGACUGAAAGCUUCUUCAGAGGGACGGGUGUAGAGUGUCUCGUUGAGGUGGCGGAAUCGAGCUGAGAUGAGCUUCUCUCUCAUCGAAGCUUGUAGGGGAGUGAGCUUGGGAGGAGCGGGAGGCUGAGGUGCUGUCUUUGCGACGACGUCCUUUGCCGGUGAAGUGGUGGUUUCUGUUGAGUCCUCGGUAGACUUCUGUUUUUGCUUCUUCUUUUUGUCCUUCUUCUCCUUCUUAGGUUUGGGCUGCUCAUCAUCAUCAUCACCCUCCUUCUUAUCCUCCUUCGUCUCCUCGCCCUCCUUCAGCUUCUCAUCCUCACCAUCCUUAGCCUUCUUCUGCUUCUUCUGCCUCUUGGCAGCCUUUUCAGGCUUGGGUUGCUCGGUCUUCUUUCCCUCAAUCACGGACUCCCAAAGAUCAGCGACAGUUGAAGGUGUGACAUUCUCAGCAGCGCUGUUGUUGUUGCGCUUGCGCUUAUUGGAUUUUUUGCCGGGCGCGCUGUUACUAUUGUUUUUGCCGGGGGCUUCAGAUUUGAGGCCGUCCGCUGAGACGGACCAUCCUGGAACAGCAAACAUUUUUGAUUGGAAGUGAUUAAAUGUUUGGUUGUGGUUGAUGAGUUUGAUGCUGAUGAAGUUUCGC